UUGCACGGAUUAAGUGCGAUCACUCCACAGCAAUUAAAACGAUAUGCUCUCUACAGAUAUUGCAGCUGUUCUUUUUUUCCGUAGGCAAAACCCGAGAAGCUAAUCUCACACCUAGUGGAAGAUCAUUCAGUGAUCGACCCAACAUUUGUGGAAGAUUUUCUGCUCACUUUCAAGACGUUUCCUGUUAACUUCCAAGACUUCGUAAGACCGCCAAAGAUUUGCGGCAAAUUAUUAAACUGGUUUCUUAAUAAGGAGUAUCGAGACAAGGUAACCCGUGUCAUGCUUCUAUGGGUGAACAAUCAUUUCACCGACUUCGAAGGAGACACUGACAUGGAGAAUUUCCUCGAAUCGUUUGAAAAGGGCCUGGAACUACAGAAAAUGAGUGGUCAGCUUGAUUUACUCAAUAUGGCCUGCUCAGCGAAGGCUAAAACUCGAGAGGUUUCACUGGAACGWCCGUCACGCAAUCAGUCUUGGGGUUUUGCUAUCAUUGGAGGAAAAGAAYUGUCAUUCCCUAUCUUUGUAUCCAAGGUGGAAGAAGAGAGCCAAGCAUACGAAAAAGGCGUUCGGAGAGGAGACCAGAUUCUGGAUGCAAACGCGAAAAACUUUGAAAAUAUCAGCUAUGAUAAG